AUGGAUUUGAUGCCCCUGAUAUUCCGUGAGCUACAUCACGUCGAAGCUAGUGUAAAUAGCGCACCGGCUAAAAGGUCCCGCGAAGUGCCGAUUCGCUUCAGUGUUGACUUUAGUAAUGCUAACAAGGCGGAUAGAAUGGGCCACGCAGUCCCAUGUCCUGCCAAGAACGAGUCUGAUAGCGAGUUGAGUACGACGUCAACACCCUUCUUGUUUGUUGUUGUCAGAAUAUGUGGAGUGAAGCCUGCUUCUGUUGAAAGAUAUAUGGACAGCAUUGGUCUUGUACGCCUGGACCAAAAGGCCUCUCUUGGUCUUUAUCCUGCAUGCGACGUACAGUUUCAACCUCAACGGACUAGGCAAAGAUUUCAGCAGCUUGACAAGUAUCUCCUGCCGCCGCAUCAAUGA